UUUUAUCUUCGCGAAUUUUACUCGUUGCUGUUCGAAACCUGUCUUUGCAAACUGCUUAUCUCAGCUUGCACCAAACCAGGAACGCAAUCUCUCCUACUCCUCUCUCUCUCUCUCUAUCUAUCUCUAUCUCUUUGUCCGAACAAAACAGCAAAGUAGGAAAAAGGACGAAGAAAGGAAAAGAGAGCUAUCUAAUUAUGUCUUCACCAAGCAAACGCCGGGAGAUGGACUUGAUGAAACUGAUGAUGAGUGAUUAUAAGGUGGAGAUGAUCAAUGAUAGCAUGCAAGAGUUCUAUGUACAUUUCAGUGGACCCAAUGAAAGUCCUUAUCAUGGAGGUGUAUGGAGGAUAAGAGUGGAGUUACCAGAUGCUUAUCCGUAUAAAUCUCCUUCUAUAGGCUUUGUUAAUAAGAUUUACCAUCCAAAUGUGGAUGAGAUGUCAGGGUCAGUUUGUUUGGACGUUAUUAAUCAGACUUGGAGCCCCAUGUUUGACCUGGUAAAUGUGUUCGAAGUAUUCCUUCCACAGUUGCUUCUGUAUCCGAACCCGUCAGACCCAUUGAAUGGAGAGGCUGCAGCUCUGAUGAUGCGUGACCGAGGUGCUUAUGAACAAAGAGUCAAAGAAUACUGUGAAAAAUAUGCCAAGCCAGAAGACAUAGGAGCUGCCCCUGAGGAAAAAACCAGUGAUGAGGAACUGAGCGGAGAAGAUUAUGAUUCAAGUGACGAUGCAGUGGCUGGCCAACCAGAUCCGUAGUGUCUAUCCUUAACCUUUAAAAUUAUUUGUAUCAAUCUGUACAUGAUGCUUCUGAUUCUGUUAAGCCAAAUCUCAAGUCAAGGUAGACUUGUUUUAGGGAUGUGGUGAUAUUUUUCUCAUCCUCCAUUAGUUUCUGCUGUCAUUGUAAAUAAAUGUACAAUUUGUCUUCAUAUGAAAACUACUUGUAAAGUAUUUGUCUUCUGUCCUGCAAGAAAUUCGUGCAGUGAA